CUGGCAAGGUGCCAAUCGCCUUUCAGAGGACCCCCCUCCAUGAUUAAUCGUGAGGCAUUAUUGAUAAUCAUAACAGGACACAUGCGCGGUGGAUGGGCUCCAUUUCCGUAAUUUUGAGCAGAUUUGAUAGUAUUUUUAUUCGUUCGUGGCUGAUGCGUGAGCCAGCAUGUCGCGGAGGAAACAAGCGAAGCCGCAGCAUUUCCAGUCCGACUCGCAGCUGGUCCUAACCGAGCACAAUGGGGACACAGUGGCCAACUCAGACGACACCCCUUGCAAAGACUCGGGUGCCCAUGUAUGCGGCAGAUGUUGUGCAGAGUUCUUUGAACUAUCGGAUCUUGAACACCACCAGAAGAAUUGCACUAAGAAUCAACUAGUUCUAAUUGUGAAUGAAAAUCCAGUGUCUCCCUCUGGAUCCUUUUCCCCAGGCUCCUCUCCUCAUAAUCCUGAUGAGCAGGUGAAUUACACAACUAAUAACACAGAUCAAGCAGAGUUGGCUGACCUUUUGGAGCAGAAUAUACUUGACAAAGAGGAGGCCAUGGACACAGAGGUGUCAGAAGUCUGUGCUACACAUAAUGAUGGCAAUGGACAUGUGGCGGGUGGAAGCCCACUUGGUGGUGCUGGAAGCAGCCAUGGACCUCUGGGCAGCACUGGGUCCAAUUUGGGAAAUUCUGCCAUUUCUCCCUCACUACCUCAGCUGGGCAACUUAACUGAGCUGGGGAAUUUUUCCAUGAUCAACAGUAAUGUCAUUAUUGAAAACCUACAGAGCACCAAAGUGGCUGUGGCUCAGUUCUCUCAAGAGACAAGAUCAGCGGGAGGACAAAGGGUGGCUGUGCCAGCCCUUAUGGAGCAGCUCUUGGCACUGCAGCAGCAGCAGAUUCAUCAGCUGCAGCUCAUUGAGCAGAUCCGUCACCAGAUUCUUCUGUUAGCUUCCCAAUCACCUGAGCUCCAAGUACCACCUAGUUCUUCGCCAGUCACUUCAGGUUCAGGUGCUAGCCCACUAACCGCUCUUAGUUCCCAUUUGUCUCAACAGUUGGCAGCUGCUGCAGGGUUAGCACAGAGCAUAGCUAGCCAGUCUGCAAGCAUUAGUAGUUUGAAAAAGAUGGCUAAUGCUGCGCAGCUACCUCAGAGCAAUUCUAAUGUGGGAGAGUCAUCUCAAAACCUCGGAGCACCGGGGGCAGCUACAGUUAAUGUCCAGUCUUCUGAGAAGAGGCCGGGCCAUACGGGAAGCUUGCAUCCUCAAUUAGCAAACCCAUCACUUGCAAAACCAUCCACACCAGCCUUUGGGAUGGCUAAUCUUUUGAACCCUGUGGCUAAUACCCUUCUACCUCAGCCCCCACCAGGCAAUCCAAUGUUUUCCAGUGCACUGCCUAGUGUUGGUACUACAGUUGAAGAUCUCAGCUCACUGGCUGCACUGGCUCAAAGAAAAGGCAAGCCACCCAAUGUUGCAUCUUUUGAACCGAAGAGUAGCUCUGAGGAUGCUUUUUUCAAACAUAAAUGUAGGUUUUGUGGCAAGGUGUUUGGUAGUGACAGUGCUCUACAGAUUCACUUACGUUCUCAUACAGGUGAGAGGCCGUACAAGUGCAACAUUUGUGGAAAUCGCUUUUCAACCCGUGGUAACUUGAAGGUCCACUUUCAGCGACAUAAGGAGAAGUUUCCACACAUUCAGAUGAAUCCAUACCCUGUUCCAGAGCAUUUAGACAAUAUUCCAACAAGUACUGGAAUUCCCUAUGGAAUGUCGAUGCCCCCUGAGAAGCCAGUUACUAGCUGGUUGGAUAGCAAGCCUGUACUUUCAACUCUGACCUCUUCUGUUGGCAUGUUACUUCCACCAACAAUACCAAGUCUGCCUCCAUUUAUUAAAAAGGAAGAGAAUAACUCACUGGUUAUAAGCAGCCCUUCUCAUUCUGCUAAAAGUGACUCAGGUCCAGCUGAAGCAGCCACAAAAAACACAGAGAGGGUGUUGGAAGAGGGUGAGAGCACAACCUUGCCUACCUCAAAUGGAAAAACUGAAGAAAACCACCACUCCUCCAGUUUAACAACUAAUGUGAGUGCUGCUGGAGAGGGCACCAUCAAGUACACCACCCCCAACAGCCCUCCAAUGGCCACUAAUCCACUAAUGCCCCUGAUGUCAGAGCAGUUCAAAGCUAAGUUUCCUUUUGGUGGUCUGCUUGAUCCCUUGCAGGGCUCAGAAACAUCCAAACUUCAGCAACUGGUUGAGAACAUUGACAGGAAAGUGACAGACCCCAAUGAGUGUGUUAUCUGCCACCGUGUUCUUAGUUGCCACAGUGCCCUGAAGAUGCACUACCGCACACACACUGGGGAGAGGCCUUUCAAAUGUAAAGUGUGUGGUCGUGCGUUCACCACCAAGGGAAACCUGAAAACUCAUUACAGUGUCCAUCGAGCAAUGCCACCACUGAGGGUCCAGCACUCCUGUCCUAUUUGCCAGAAAAAGUUCACGAAUGCUGUUGUACUGCAGCAGCACAUUCGAAUGCAUAUGGGUGGCCAGAUCCCCAACACCCCUCUUCCUGACAGCUACCCAGAAUCCAUGGGGUCUGAUGCUGGCUCAUUUGAUGAGAGAAAUUUUGAUGAUUUUGACAACUUCUCUGAUGAAAAUAUGGAGGGAAUUGAGGAUGGACCAGACAGCAGCAUCCCACACACACCAAAGUCAGCUGAUGCAUCGCAAGACAGCCUCUGUUCAUCCCCUGCACCAAUUGAGUCAUCAGCCAUGGAGAACCAGGAAACGAGUGCCAACCAAGGAGCAGAAGAAGUGAAUUGUGGACAAGAGAAAUCAGUGGAGAAUGGAUUCAUGGAAGGAGAUAGAUUCACAAAUGACUCCUCUUCAAUUGGAGGCGAUAUUGAAAGCCAAAGUGUCGGAAGUCCAGCUGUCUCUGAAUCUACCUCUUCCAUGCAGGCACCAUCACCCACUAAUGGAAAUCUCCAUCAGCAAAAAUCACCAAGUCUGGAGGAUCGGCAGCAGCGGGCAUUGUCAUUUGAGUAUAUUAGCGCAGGUCUUAUGCAGACUCAUUCUGCCAGUCCUGGAGCUCUGGAUCUUACUUCAAUUAAUCCAUUGAAAGAGCCUCUUAGUAUGCUUUUCCCCUUUCGUGAUCGAGGCACCUUUAAGAAUACAGCAUGCGAUAUCUGCGGAAAGACAUUUGCCUGCCAGAGUGCCUUGGAUAUCCACUACCGAAGCCAUACCAAAGAGAGACCAUUCAUUUGUAACGCAUGCAACCGAGGUUUUUCCACCAAGGGUAACUUGAAGCAACAUAUGCUGACCCACCAGAUGCGAGAUUUGCCCUCUCAGCUCUUUGAGCCCAACAACAGUCUUUCCUCCAGCCCAACUCCAUCGCUUCUUUCUGUUGGACCCUUGUCCUCCUUGAUGAAGACUGAGGUCAAUGGCUUUCUACAUGGUCUUCAACUUGAUGUAAAAGACUUGCCCUCAGGACUGGUGACCUCAUCUGCUUCCACCUCUCCAGUUCUUUCAGCUGCCCCACCAAGGAGGACGCCUAAGCAGCACAACUGCAACACCUGUGGAAAAACCUUUUCCUCCUCCAGUGCCCUGCAGAUCCAUGAGAGAACCCAUACCGGAGAGAAGCCUUUUGCUUGCACCAUCUGUGGACGAGCAUUCACCACCAAAGGAAAUCUCAAGGUUCAUAUGGGUACCCACAUGUGGAACAGCGCUCCUGCUCGCCGUGGUCGCAGGCUUUCAGUAGACGGUCCCAUGGCUUUCCUAGGCACCAACCCUGUAAAGUUCCCAGAGCUCUUCCAAAAGGACCUAACUGGCAGAGCUGGAAAUGGAGAUCCAACCAGCUUCUGGAAUCAGUAUGCUGCUGCAUUCUCGAAUGGCCUGGCUAUGAAGACCAACGAAAUCUCUGUUAUCCAGAAUGGAGGACUGCCCCCUCCACUGUCAGGGAGUGUGGGUAACGGGGGCAGUUCACCCAUCGGAGGUUUGACAGGCAGCAUGGAGAAGCUGCAUAACUCCGAGCCCAAUCCUGCUCUGGCUGGCCUUGAGAAAAUGGCCAACACUGAAAAUGGGACUCCCUUCCGCUUCACUCGCUUCAUGGAGGACAAGGAGAUUGUGACCAACUAGAAAACUGUUUUUGUUGUACUCAUGAACAAACACACACGCUCUUCAACAGGCCACACACGUGUCCCUGUAUGCGCGUAAAUGAAAGAUGAAAGCAAGAAAAAAUGACUAUUUCAACUUUUGCUUGCAAUUAAGACUUUAUGAAGAAAAGUUUGAAAAGAACUCGCUUUGUACAAUGUACAACAUGUUAUAGUUUUACGGAGCUUAUUUAUUAGUGAUUAUAACCUUGCUCGAAAACCAAGUGGAAAUAUUAACAGUUACUUAGUUUUUGUUAUUUUCUGUUUUAUCUGCAUUUUCUGUUUUAUCUGCAGAGUCAUUCUGUACGAGUGUUUUAAAGUGUGCUUUUGAAAAUUAGCUUUCCUUGGUAGAGAACUUCAUCAUGGCAUUAAAUUAUUUUCUAUCUGUAGUAUGUGUUAACAAAACUUGAUGUUCAUGUAAUGAUUUAGAGCUUACAAAGUGUAAUUUAAGGCUGUAAAUACUGUACACUUAUCUGUGCUAGAUGGUUUACAAGCUGUGUAGUAACUUUUAUCUGAGAAAUAUCAACGUUUCAUGAAUCCAGGGACACAGGUUAGUCCUUUUUCUCUCUUAGAAGUUAAAGAUAAAAAGUUAUCAACGUUUCAUGAAUCCAGGGACACAGGUUAGUCCGUUUUCUCUCUUAGAAGUUAAAGAUAAAAAGAAAAUAUUCUUCACCUCAGCUGUUUAUUUUGGCCCUUAGUAUUUUCUCUUCCUACUUGUUGUUUCAUUUUUCUUUUAACUGUGUUCUGCUGUUCACUCUUUAUUUGUGCUUGUAGAAUACAAAGCAUAAAUGAUUGUUACAUGACAGAACACGAAGAGGUCCACAUUCCCGUUAUGAAGUGAGCAGAGAUUUUUGUUGAGAUUUAGAUUUGCUGGGCUUUCAAAUUGCUGCUAAGAACUAGCAUAUUAGUUAACAUCUACUGCACACCGUGUGUUAGCGCACCAUACACAUGUGGAGCAUCAGAUUCUUUUACAAUUGUACAUAGUCUUACUCGAAGUCCAUCUCGGCCGGGGCAAAUGAUGAUAGUGUUUUUAUAAAUAUCUAAAUAUAUAUAUAUGGACUGUUACAUGCACUUUCUUGGAAAGUUGGAAGAUCUUUUAGGGCCCAGUUUCUCUACAGUUUAAUACCUACUAACAGCUAUACUGUAAUUCUUUACUCUAAUAAUCAAAUACAUCAGUUUUCCAAAAGAAAAAGUGUGUCGGUGUUUAUGGUUAUUUUUUGCAUAAAUCUUGUUUCGGGUUUUGUCGAUCAACUUGGCUGUUUGCAAACAGAUUUUUUUUAAGUUUGACACGUCAAAAUACUGUCUUUAGCUCAUGAUUCAAUUCAACGCGUCGAAAAGUCUGUUACAUAUUUAACAUGUGCGUGUCAAAGCGAGUCCGUCAGGAUGUAGAUGCAAUUACAGAGCGCUUCAUUUAAAAAACAUGCAGCUCCGCUGCAAGUCAGAUUUCUGAGUUCAUCAUUCUGGCGGCUGACGGGUUUCAGCAUCUUUAAUUAAAGAAUCGAUCGCUUUAGAAGCCCCUUUCUUUCAGCGUUUGUUUAGAUGGAUUGGUUUGCCAUGUCUGUCUCAUUAAGGAAACUUUUCAUAUAAGAUAAUAGUCUGUGUAUUUUUCGAAUCUUUUUAAUGCAAUAAAAGGUACGGUACUU